AUGAAGGUUGAACAAGCAGUUGGUGAGAUAACUAAUCAUUAUGCAGUACUCCCUGUUCUAGGCUUAAUACUGUAUAUCAUAGUCGUAUCAAUAGGAAUAUUGGGCUUUUUGGAGAUAUGCCUCAGAUUCAACGGCAAAACCAGAAAUAAAAUCGAUGGAAAAAUCAAGGAUACGGAUUUAAUCGGCGUGACUAUCCUCAGACCUUUAAAAGGAGUUGAUCCCGAAAUGGAGGUGUGUCUCAGAUCGUCUUUCGAGCAGGAUUAUCCCAAAAAUCGUCUUGAAAUUAUCUUUUGUGUUCAGGACAGUGAUGAUCCAGCCAUACCCAUAGUGGAUGAUCUUAUAAGCAAGUUUCCUGAUGUUGAUGCGAAACUUAUGAUUGAUAAGCCCAGCGAAUAUGGAUCCACAAGUUCGCUGAAAGAUAACUAUGGACCGAAUCCAAAGAUCAACAAUUUGGCCAAAGGAUACAAAGCAGCUAAAUUUGAUACUCUUUGGGUUAUUGAUUCCAAUGUUUGGGCCAGGCCAGACAUCCUAAAAAGGUCGAUCUACACUUUAAUUAAUGAUAUGCAUGAUGGAGUUCGUGUUGGGGGGAUGAAACGUGUUCAACUUAUUAAUCAUGUUCCACUUGCGGUAUCUCUUGAUCAUAACUCUUUUGGAGCAGACCUUGAUGAGAUGUUUUUAUCUUCAUCACAUGCAAAGUUUUAUGUUUCCUUGAAUACCUUAUCUAUCGCUCCAUGUAUAAAUGGAAAGUCAAAUAUUUAUAGACGAUCUGAUAUCGAUGGUGCGGUCAAGUUAAUGGGACAAAAGGCUAUUGCUCCUAGCAAUAAUGGAUUAAGUGGUGAUAAUUGCAAGGAUGCAAAGUAUUAUGGUCAGUACCCAGGGCAAGGAAUUCGGUAUUUUGCUCGGUAUAUUGGUGAGGAUAAUAUGAUAGGCACUGCCCUUUGGACUUAUAUGGGGGGUAGAGCAGGAAUGACUACUGAUGUUGUUAUACAACCAUUGGAUGGUUCAAAUACGUUAAUCGAUUAUGUGAAUAGACGUGUGAGGUGGCUACGUGUUCGAAAAUAUAUGGUGCUUGCAGCAACACUCGUUGAACCGACAACAGAAUGCAUUAUUGCAGGAAUAAUUGGCACAUUGAGCUUGAGUCUGCUAAUUUGGGACCAAUACUUUAAUUUUUCAUUUUUUAUUUUUCAUGUUAUGGUCUGGUUCUGCAUUGACUAUAUUCAGUAUUAUCUUCUUUGUCAAUGUGCCAUAGUACCUUCGCACUGUGCCAGUGACGUAACACUUCCAUAUUUUGUGAGGGGUUCUUACCGUUUCAAAGGAAAACUGCCGCUCUUCAAUACACCAAUAAAAAGCUUUCGAUGGUUUGUUACAAUCUGGAUCAUUAGAGAAAUACUUGCAUUUCCUAUCUGGCUAAUUGCUAUGAUGGGAUCAGUGAUUGACUGGAGGGGACAACCAUUUCAAAUAAACUCAGACCUAACAGUGGAAAGGCUUUAUAGGUCAACUGACAAAUAA